CAUUAUCUGGUAGUUAUUCCGAAAUGUCGCUUAAAGUGUCUUUUAAUUCAGUCCGGCCACACAUUAUUAAUUUCCAAUUGUUUUGUUUUUGUGCAAUUAUCAUUUCCUUUUAUCACAUCAUUUGCCGGACGAACGUUGCAUUUUCUCACGAAAUUGAAUGAAAUGAACGUAGUGGAAUGUGUAAAAAGUGGUUGCAGUAAAAAUCGCAAAAGCAUAUAUAUUUUUUAAAGUGAAGUAGGUGUCAAAUUCAAAUUACACAGCGAUAAAAUAAUUGUAAUUUCGUUGCUUUAAAGAAAUGGCGAAUGAUUACUAUGCAAACGUAACUGGCGUCCCUUCGUGUUCAUCCUCACGUUGGCUAACUGAAGAGGUUUUCAAGCUGAUCGAUAUGGUACAACAUGAUGAGGCUAUUUAUAAUCCGCGCCAUAAAUACUACUUUUGUCGACCAUAUGUAGAGAAUUUCUGGCGUGAAGUUGAUCAAAAACUUGAAAAGAAUCCUGGCGCCAGCCUUGCAAAGUGGACUAAUUUGCGUAUAUCUUUUCGCCGCGAGUACACAAAUUAUCUAGAAGAAAAGAUACCGCCCUGUUGGACUUAUUUUGAUCGCAUGUUUUUUCUACAUCCCUAUUUAAGGAAAAAACAUACACCACCCAAAUCACUUGACUCACAAGUACAGGACGCCUUAGUACGUAUCAGCUCUUUAUCUGAUCGUUUGCAGCGAGAACGCACAGCAGCGGUGGCUGCCAACGCAGCUGCCGCUCUUAGCGGUAAUAACGUUACAAACGAUGUACACUCGUCAAUUUUACAUUCUAAACAAACGCAUCAGCAACCAAUCGAUAAUUACUUGGAAUAUUUUGAUGAUGCCGAGCCGAAUAAUUCCGAUGAUUUAGAAGAUGUUAUGGAGGAUGAGCAGCGAAAUCGUUUUCGCCAAUCGGACGCACACGUGCAUACACUUAACAAUGAUAUAAAAUCGGAAUGUGAUGAUGUUAAAUCGGAUGUUGAUGAUUAUGAACCAGAAAUCGCAGCUGUGCGUCAAGAGGAAGAAGAUAAUGAACUUGAAGAGAUGGAAAUGCGUAAUUUCAUGAUGGAUUCAUAUGGAAGCAGCAGCACCACCACAAUUCCAUUAGAAGAUAGACGUGCACAACUACGCAUGCAACAGUUUAUGCGUUUGCAAUCACGCUCAUACCAAGAUGAGUUUCGCAUUAAGCGACCACGCUCGCGGGAUAGCAUAAGUAGCACACAUGCUAUUGCUGCUGCCGGCAGCGGGAAUUUGGCUACUACAGCUGGGAGUAGUUUACAUACUAAUUCACACCCCAGCGCUCCUCCUAUACCACCGGUUAGUGGUAGUGGUCAUACACGCGUGCAUAGCUCCCAAGUCAGCACAGUAUCAACACAUACAAAUAUUUCCUUAGUACGACCAACGCUGGCAAAACCUAUGGAAUUGGUCAGCACUACCACCAGCAAUUCUGGUCCUGGCGGUCUCAGUGUUGGCACUGGCAUCAGCACAGGCAAUGCAUUGACAAAUAAUCCAAAUAACGAUGCAGAUUUGAAUGCGAGUAGUACAUCGAGUAUAAGUAACCAGGUUGCAACAACUUCGACUGCUAUGAGUCACCAGCAUCACCAACGCCACUCAACUGCUAGUCAUCACACACACAAUUACAGUCAUCAUAGUGCUGGUGGAAGUGCUAACUCACAUCAUCGUUUAGAAAUUGCCUCAGUAUCGUCUGGCACUGCUGGCGCUGGUUUGAGUAGCAGUAAUGCUGCAAGUGCAGUGGUACCGGUGUCAACGUUAGUGAAUUCAGCCAAUACAGCAGCGCCUCCACCUGCGCCUCAGUCACAUGUGGAGUUAUGUGACUGCAAAACGGAUCCGGACGCUAUGUUCCUCAUGAGUUUACUACCUGAUAUUCAAAAAUUAAACGGACGAGAUCGUGGUAAAAUUAAGAUUGCAUUUCAAAACAUACUACAGGAUUACUUAUAUCCCGAUUAGGAAUAAGCAUUCCUGUGUAGCUGCUAAUAAACCGUGGUUUUACUUUCUGUGGCUGAAUUCGUCGAAAGAUAAGCGAUUUCGAGUGUUAAGCAAAUCAAUUUUGGAGAAAAAUAUUGCAGACAAAGAAAAGCAAUUGAAUACUUCUAACCAUAAUAAAGCUCUUAAGCGGAUUGCUGCUGUUACCGUUAAUGUAAGUUCUAAACUUAUUAUUACUGAACAGCAUAGAUACUGAAUCACAGCGAUUAGUAUGUAAGGCGUAGAGGUACAGACCAAAUAAUAACAUUUAAUGUUUGUAUGUAGAGUACAUAAUUUACCUUCAAGCAUAUAUAGAUUUAAUAUUCUAAUAUUAGUCAUAGAAUAGCUUGAUUUAAUUUAUGAAAACC